AUGCACAAUCAUGAGAAUUUAGCUACUGGUGAUGGUGUGACUUCUUCACAAGGGGAGCUUUUGAUUCCUCCCAAAGGCCUUCUACUGGUAACUCAUGAACCUGGCUCUGUCAGUACUGCACCAGGUCCUCACAUCAGAGGAAGUACGUUGAAAGCAUAUUCUCUUGGUGACAAAGAAGUUGAUCUUUUACUCCCUGGUACAGGAAGGUUAAGGGUGCAAUUAGGAGUAAAUAUGCCAGCACAGGCCAAUCUUAAGCUUCUGCAGGAUGAGGUCGAUUCAACAGAGGAGUACAAUGUGAAAAAGAAAGUUGAGCAUGCAUACAAAUCAUUGCAGUUUGACCCUCAAUCCAUUUCUGCUGUUGAACCCAAGCUCUAUGCUAAACGUUUCAUCAAUUUCUUGGAGAAAGUUUUCCCCGACCCACCAUAA